GGGCAAAUCUUACUUGUUUUUAAAAAAUAAGGUGUUGGCGGUUACUUUUGUACAGUAUCUCUGUUCUAGUAUCUAUUUUGACAGUGUGUUAACCUAGUCUGACCACUUUACCGGAUCAUUGUCAUAUGUGUGCCUUAAGUUUUCGGUCUAACUAAACCAUGGACCGUCUGAAGUUAGUUCUGCAGUAUUUUCAGUCCAACUCCGAGUCCAUAUCAAAUGGAAUCUGUAUUGUACUGGCCCUGAUCAGUGUGAAGCUCUACACCAGCUUUGACUUCAACUGCCCCUGUAUUCCACAAUACAACAAACUCUACGCACUGGGGGUGAUGUUUGUCCCACCUUUAAUAUUCUUCUUCCUGGGAAUCUUGGUCAAUCGACACACAGGAGUCAUGAUGGAAGAAUGGUUGAGACCCAUUGGGAAGAGAAGCAAAAAUCCUGCCAUUGUCAAGUACAUGUUCUCUGCCAUGAUGCAGAGGGCUCUACUGGCGCCCAUGGUGUGGAUUCUGGUCACUCUGCUGGAUGGGAAGAUCUUCAUCUGCGCUUUCAGCAUGAGUGUAGACCCCAAGCCUUUCUCAGGCAUGCCCAACAACACUGGCCUGGACCUGAUCAAGCUCAUGGCCAAGGUGCCCUGCAAGGAGGACAUGAUCUUUAGGAACAGCACAUUUCGUAAAGCUGUUUCACGCUACGUGCGCUGCUACUCCCAAGCGAUUGGCUGGUCUAUCCUCCUCUUCUUCAUUCUCUUGGGUGCACUGGGCCGUCUCAUCAAGCCCUGUUUCGACGACCAUGCCACCAACCUCCAGACACGCUACUGGAGCAACUACCUUGACAUCGAGCAGAAGCUCUUCGAUGAGACAUGCGUGCUGCACUGCCGCGAUUUUGCCCGCAAGUGCGUGGUGCAGUUCUUCGAGGGCAUGCGGGAUGACACAGUACUCAGACUGCCUCUCUCACCCGAAGUCAGGUACAGGGGGGAAGAAGACAUGGUGGAUGAAGAGGAGGAAAGACUCCAUGGGAUCACCAAGCAGGAACAGAUGGAUCAACUGCUUCAAACAUGGUUCCAGUGUAGGCCUGAGCUGGAUGUCACUAGAAUGGCCUACAGACCUAGGGUGUGUGUCACCUGGGAGGACCACAAUGGACAAACCCUCUACUCGGAUGUUUAGGUGUGUGUGUGUGUGUGUGUGUGUGUGUGUGUGUGUGUGUGUGUGUGCAAUAGUAUAAAUAGCUAUAAGCUACAAACAAUACAUUCAACAUGAUUAUGUCGAAAAUCCUAUUAGAGAGUGGACCUUAGAAACCUUGUUCCUCUGAAUAUUUGAAUAUGCUGGGAUUUAGACUGGCAAGUUUUGCAUAGUUCAUUUACAUAUCCCAUGAAUACAAGACAUGCAAAUUACAGAUGGCCGACAAAUAGUCCCUAGUGGUGCCUGAUUCAUCUAAUCCCAACAAAUAAGUAAUUCUAUGUAAUUAUAAUUUUACCGUAUAUAUUUGAGUUAAUCCCUGGUAAUGUCUGUACCAUAACAUA